AUGAGCGAGUUUCCGCUUCCGGUGACGUGUGCGAGAAAGAUGGCGGCGCGCGGAGGGAAACGUGCAGCUGAGCGAGCGGCGCAAAACAAGGCGAAACGGGCGAAAUUAAACGGGAACAAAGCGCCACAAACCGAGAAGAAGCAAAAGACUGUGACGUUUACCCCGGAGAAUGAAGAAGAAGCGAAUAAAAACAUCAUCUGCGUCCCGCCGCCCGUCAGCACGGGCAAAUGGACGAAUAAGGAGCGAGUGUUGGUGUUUUCUUCUCGUGGGAUCAGCUUCAGGACGAGGCACCUGAUGAUGGACCUGAGGACCAUGAUGCCUCACAGCAAAGCUGACACCAAGAUGGACAGAAAAGACAAGCUGUUUGUGGUGAACGAGGUGUGCGAAAUCAAAAACUGCAAUAAAUGCGUCUUCUUUGAAGCCAAGAAGAAACAGGAUCUUUAUAUGUGGAUCUCAAACGUUCCUCACGGACCCUCGGCCAAGUUCCUCGUACAGAACGUUCACACGCUGGCUGAGCUGAAAAUGACCGGAAACUGUCUGAAAGGCUCCAGACCGCUGCUGUCCUUCGACCCGAAAUUCGACAAGGAGCCACAUUACGCGCUGCUGAAGGAGCUCUUCACUCAGAUCUUCUCGACGCCUAGAUAUCACCCGAAGAGCCAGCCGUUCGUGGAUCACGUUCUGACCUUCACCAUCGCCGACCACAGGAUCUGGUUCAGGAACUAUCAGAUCAUCGAGGAAGACGCGUCUCUGGUGGAGAUCGGCCCGCGCUUCGUCUUGAAUCUCAUCAAAAUAUUCCAGGGCAGCUUCGGCGGCCCCACGCUGUACGAGAACACUCACUUCCAGUCCCCCAACAUGCACCGGCGGCUGAUCCGAAAGGCCAAGGCGACCCGGCAGACGGAGCGUCAGAUGGUGAAGGAGAUCCUGAAGGUGAAGCGCUCGGAGGAGCAGGAGGUGCUGGCGAAGGACGUGACCGACGAGGUGUUUGUGACCCCGGCCGAACCCAGAGACCCAGAACCACCGCCUCCGGAGCCACAGAGACCCACCAAGAAGCUGCGCCUCACAGAGCUGAAGAAGAAGAUGAAGAUGAAGCGCAAAGGCCUGCGAUAAACCUGCUCUUCACUCCCUAAAGAGCCCUGUACGUCUCAGGUUUGCUCUGAUGUACUGCUCAGAGGAGAUCUGGUCCCAGAUCAGAGGUCCUGCCUCUUUGGGAUAAAACUCUUAAUGUGGCUUAAUGCAUUUAAAACUGCAACUAUUAAUGUUUUCCUCCCAUAGAGAACCGUGAUGAGUGUUUUCUCCAAAGAAAACUGCUUAACAUGGCUUCUUUUGCAGUUAAACCAUGUUAAUUAAACUCAUUGUGUCUGUAUGGUAUUAUGGCUCAUAACUACUUGUCUGUAAACAAAAUGAGUUAUUAAAAAUCUCCCGGUAUAGUCUUCAAUAAAGUCUGGUCUUUAAAAAAAACGCUGUUUUAAUGCAUUGAGCCAUGUUAAGCGUUUCAGAGUUUUCCUCUUUUUGAGGAGCAGCUCCGCAUCCGACGAUUUACAUUCAUCUUAUUUUUUUGCUGGUUUUGUAAACAAUGCAAUGUUAAUAAACUUUUAAUGUUCAAA